ACUCGAGGAUGGCUGACGCGUCACUUUUAUCAGAAGCUCCUUAAUGAGAGCAAGGAAAUGAAAAAGCGGUUGAAAGAUGUCAUCAGUUCAUAUAAAGUUCACAUACAAGAAAUUGCAAGCCGUCACGAAACACCAGUUGAGCUGGAUAUUAAUCUUUAUGAAAUCUAUCACUAUGUUGUAACCCUAAGAAAUUACGAAAAAGAAUACAACAUUGCAGCAUCUCAAAAAGAAAACAAACUAUUAAAAUUCAAUGACAUUAUGAGUUUUUUUGAAAGACUUAAUCUUCAUCCAACUCAAUCAGAAAUUAUUUUUGCAGCAAAAAAGGUUUUACCAGAAAAGAAUUACAAGGAUGUCGAUUACACUAGCGAAGAUAUAGUAAAUAUUGUAAUGCAUAUUUACCCCCCGGCCGGUGCACAUUUAAAGACCACUCGUAAGUCGACCUGGCUAAAUCCUAUUGUUGACAAUGAAAAUGCAAUUUUGAGAAAGUUUUUUAAAAAAGGAAAAAGCAAAAAAAUACUUAAAAAAACAAUACAAAUAAUUUCAAGCGACAUGAAGAACAACGCAAUUGAAACAAGCAGUAAAAACAAAGAAAAACCAAAUGAUCAAUAG